CCGAGCCCCGUGCCGUGCGCUCAGCUCCUCCGCACCCCGGGGCUGUGUUCGGUGCCCCUGUCCCGGUCGUUUGUUCCACCCCCCCGGGAUCUCUGCCUCGGGAUUCCCCCCAGGCGGGCCCGAGGGGGUGAGACCCCCGGUGGAGGCGGGGGGAGGUCGGUAGGAGGCCCCUUCCCCUCCCCCGACCGGACACCGCCUGAAGCUCCCUUUGGUUCCCCUUCUCCAGGCUUCAGCCAGGGGGGUCCCGCGGGCAGCUCCACCAUGUCGGACAGUGACCCGGGGGACGAGGACGGCGCCAUAUCCCCUGACCCCUCGCAGUGCAAGAGAAAGAGAAGGGGCAACCUCCCCAAGGAGUCGGUGAAGAUCCUGCGGGACUGGCUGUACGAGCACCGCUUCAACGCCUACCCCUCGGAGCAGGAGAAGCUCAGCCUCUCGGGACAGACCAGCCUCUCCGUGCUGCAGAUCUGCAACUGGUUCAUCAACGCCCGGCGGCGGCUGCUCCCCGACAUGCUGCGCAAGGACGGCAAGGACCCCAACCAGUUCACCAUCUCCCGCCGGGGGAGCAAA